GGUUAUGAAUGUAGAGAGAAAGAGAGAAAAAGAGAGAAUUUAAAAGAGAGCAAAAGGAGGAGAUCCUCGGACACUUGUCAAAUCUGAGGCUCUAGGAUCUUGAGGAAGGGAUAAAUCGGAGCCGGCAGAUUGUCAUUGAUUAUGGCCUUGCUGCGACGAAUCCGGCCAGCAUACAAAUUCUUCGGCGAGGUUAUUAUCUUCCCUUAUCGAAGUAACGUCUUUAUUACGUCUUUCAAAACGUUCUGUUCCUCAACGGUGUUCGCAAAACAGCAGCAGCAACAACAUCAUCAGAAACCAGAGAGCAAUAACGAGGUGAGGGUUAACGACGUUAACUGCGACAGUCGGUCGGGCGGUCAGCAUAGCAAGAAACCUGCCAUCGACGAGGCAACGAUCAAGAGGAUUGAGAGGUUGGCACUAGUCGGCUUCGAGUACGAGCAGAGUAAACGGGUGCUGGAGGAGGCGGUGGCGUUCGCCGAGCGGCUACAGACGGCCCGGAUCGACGAGACGGUGCGUCCGAUGUACAGCACCCUGGAGAACGAUUGCAUUCACCUUAGGGACGACGUGGUGCGACACAACGUCGAUCGGCGCGAGAUACUGAGGAACGCCUACGUGCUGGAGGAGGAAUAUUUCGUCGCGCCCUUAGCGACGAACAAGGAAAAGGAAAAGGAGAGCGAGCCGAAAUGAUGAAUCUGGAGGCUGUGUUGAAGGCCAUCGGUCCGCACUUCCUCAAUCUGUCAGAGCGGAUGUUCGCGUACGGGCCC